AUGGGUUGGUUCGAUGGGCCUUCGUCCAAAACCUCAAGAUCAUCGAAUGGCUAUGUACGCCGACGUGCGAGCUCCCCGUCCAGAUCAAGCUACUCAACCUACCACAGAGGCCAUUCGGCGCCGUCCAUCUUCAGCCUUGGCCGUGGAGGAGGUCGCUCAGGGCGCUCCAGUCCCUCCGUAUUUUCGACUUUCUCGUCGUCAUCACGCCGGGUCCGACCCCGUGAGGGAUUCAUGCAGCGUUUGAUCCGCUCAAUCAAGAAGCUGUUCCGUGAUAUCUACCGCUACGCUCGUGAACACCCGCUGAAAGUGUUUAUGCUCGUCAUCCUGCCCCUCCUUACGAGCGGCGUUUUGCCAAAGCUGUUAGCGAUGAUCGGCAUUCGAUUGCCCCACGGCGUCAUGGGCGCUCUUGGUGGAUCCUCGGCUGGGGCCCGUGGAAUGGGAGGGAUGGAGAGUAAGGGAUUCUCAGAAAGUGUCAAUUCACUGUUCACCCUGGCCAAAAUGUUUGCCUAA